AUGUCUUCAGUCCUCGAAAAGACCCAAAAACUUGUUGGCAACCUUCAACAACUUUCUCGCAUUCGUGAUGUUGAAACUACACGCAAGAAGUUACUAAAAAUAGUCGAGGAGGGUUUCGCGAACUUGCAUAUCAUUUGUGAUUAUGACGGGACCAUAACACGUUUCUUUAAUUCAAAAGGCGAACGUAACCCGGCUUCACACAGCAUAUUGUCAAGAAGCUCCCGUCUUACGCGCGAAUAUAAAAUAGAGGUUCAAAAACGAGUCGAUUAUUAUUACCCAAUCGAGGUGAGUACGACAAUGACCAAAGAAGAAAAAACUCCUUAUAUGGUCGAAUGGUGGGAACAAGCACACGAGCUAUUGAUGGGACAAAAGAUCAAUAGAGAAGACAUAAAAAGUAUGGUGGCAGAAACUGAUGUAGAAUUGAGACCAGGAUUGGAUGUAUUGAUCAACGAAUGCAAGAGCAAAAACGUUCCAUUCUUGGUAUUUUCGGCGGGACUUGGCGAUGUGAUCGAACAAGUCCUCGUUUCAAAAAACCUUUUCCAUCCAAACAUGCACAUCGUUUCCAAUAAAAUGGGGUUCAACGAAAAGACUGGAAUAUGUGAUCACUUUAAAGAACCAAUGAUUCACGUAUUUAACAAAAGCGAGGUUAUGAUCAAAGGCACUCCCUAUCAUGCCACUAUCGAGAAUCGUACCAAUGUAAUUCUGCUGGGUGACUCCACUGGUGACUUACAAAUGUCCGCUGGAAUCCAUCAUGAUAUUUGUCUGUCAAUAGGUUUCUUAAAUGACGCAAUUGAUGAAAAUUUAGAUGUAUAUUUGAGAACGUUUGACAUUGUGGUAUUAGGAGAUGGUCCAAUGGAUGUCGUUAAUUUAAUCUUAAAAUCCGUUAACGAACAUGCGUGA